AUGGAACCAACCAUCAGAAAAGCCUUCGCAAGAUUCCUACAUGCAGCUGAGGUCAUUUCGCAAGAGGCAGGAAAGAAACUUGACAAUAAUAAAAGCAGAGUCGCGAACACGUCCUCCGUAAGGUCCAGAAGAUCGAGAACUUCGGUGAAAACUGGAUCUACACGUUCAUCACUUCAUUCAGAAAGAAGAAUAGCAAUGGCGGAAGCAGCUGCCGCGAAAGAGCAAGCGGAGUACGACAGAUUAAUUGCUCAAAUGGAGAAAGAUCGGAAACAAUGCGAAGCCCAAGAGGUGCUAGAGAGAUCAGCAGCACAAGCCUGACAUGAACACGAUAUAGCAGUUCUUGCAGCCCGGAAAUUGGAAGCAGUAGCUCAAGUGAAGCUCGAAGCCAUUGAAAGAUCCAUAAUCCAGGAGGAAGAUGAUUCGUAUUCUGGGAAAUCAAGUCGGAAAGCCAGCGUAGAACCUUUGGAACGCACCAAAGCUUGGGUAGAGAACCAACCUCCCUUUGAAAGUGAUGUGGUGAGAAUGAUUAAACGAGAAGUUAACGAUGAGUUCAAUCAGACUUUACCCCAUCCCAUCGGACACCGAUCGGAAAGACACCAUAUAUAUGAAACACAAGAACCUAGUCGCGUAGUUCAACAAUGUAUGGGAGCGAUAGCUACGACCAAUGAGAAACUAACUGCAAGUCUGGCAAAGUUGAGUUUGCCGAAAUGUCACCCAGAUGUAUUUUCUGGAGACGCUACGAUGUUCCAUCCUUGGAAAAGCGCAUUUAAAGGAAUGACAGAAAGUUGCAACGUCACCCCAGAGAACGAAAUGAACUAUUUAUGUAUGUAUACAACCGGCGAGCCACGAAAGUUGGUGAACAGUUAUCGGAAAAGACGUCAUAAAGACCUUACAAACGCAUUUCUUACAAGACUUCGAGAAUCAGCCAGAUUUGGAGAAUAUGAUAAGAAGAAACUCCAAGCAUUCUCAGAUUUGUGCUCGGACGUGGUUUCGCAAGUUAGUCAACUUCCUGGCUUAGCAUGCCUCAACUAUCCAAACGCCAUUCGACCCAUCCUCUAUAACUUACCAGAAUCCCUUCGCAACAGAUGGGACAAGCAAGUCGUUGAAUUCACUCAGAAAAACAAAGACGCUUAUCCUGAUUUUACUGUGUUUGCCUCCAUGAUCGAGAAACAGUCCCUACUCAAGAAUCACCCAAACGUGACAGCUUUCGAGAAACGAGGAAAGGGAGAUCGGAGAAAGCCUUUUAUACCACCACUUAUCCCACCAGAGGACCCCCUGCAUACGGUCUUGGCGGGAGAAACUAAAACAGAAGAUGAAGAAGUGAAAGAAAAACACUGCCCGUUCCACAAAUGCAUCGGACAUACGUUGUCAGAGUGUAAAUCUUUCGCUCAAAAAACCCUGGAGGAGAAAACGCAAUGGAUCAAAGAGGAAAAGUUAUGUUUCCGAUGCUUGGUUGCAGGACACAUAGCCAAUCAAUGUAAAUCGAAAGUGAAAUGCGGGAAGUGUAGCAGUGAACGUCACCCAACGCUUCUUCACAAGGAGAAAUGGAACAAUGAUGCCCGAAGCAAAGAAAUAACAUCCGCGCGAAUGAGUAUUGGUUGCAACGCCGACAGAAACGUUUGCUGUAGCAAGGUUGCCCUGCUUGACAUGUUCCAUUCAGACAGACCGCAGAAGAAGAGUUUACACCAUUGUAGAUGAGCAAAGUAACACGUCUAUGAUUAGCCCGGAAUUAGCUGACGGCCUUGGUAUAUCAGGACCAAAGGAGAAAUACCUGCUGUCAACAUGUAGUGGCUCGAAAGAAACAAGGUUUGGUCGACGGGUCCCGGGUUUGAUGGUCACACCAGUUAAAGGAAAACCACUGGAGCUACCCACACUGAUCGAAUGUGAUAACAUCCCCAAAGAUAAGAGUGAAAUCCCCUCACCAGAGUUUGCCAUGAAGUAUACCCACCUUCUCUCCAUUGCUGAUGAAAUUCCCUCGUUGGACAGUAGAGCAGAAGUUCAGCUCUUAAUUGGUCGAAAUGCGCCAGAACUGUUGAAAGUGAGAGCAUUCUGCAACGGUCCUAAUGGAACUCUGUGGGCACACAAACUAGCUGUUGGUUGGACGAUAUGCGGACAAGCCUGCGUCGAUCGUCAAGGAGGACCAAUUCAUGUCGGUACCCACCGUACAAUUUACUACGACCCACCGAGACAGACACAUUUCGAACAAGAUGAUGUGAGCACUUUGCAACGUGAUGCCAAACCCAAGCAAGAUAAAGUAACACAAGAGAGAUCUCAUACCAUGAGUUGA